AUGUCUCUCAAAGAAUUAAUUAUAAAACGCAGCAGCGUUAAGGGUCGUGUUACCAAAUUUAAGAACUAUAUCCCUAAGUUUAACAAGCUUUCAGUGUUAAAUUCGUUGGAAUUAGGCGAAUUAAAACUUAAAUUAGGUAAAAUUGAGUGCUUAGCUAGUGAGUUCAGUGACGUGCAGGGUCAGAUUGAAUCUUUAAGUGGGGACACAUUAAAUGCCGAACUAGAUAUUCGCGAGGAGAUCGAAAAUGAAUUAGAUAGUGUGACGGCGUUAGCUCAGGAUAUUCUGUCGCGUAAUUCGAGGGUUCCGUGCUUUGAGGACGCGCACAGUAGUAAUUCUUUAGGGCCAGGGCAAGGCGUCUCACAAGGACACUUCCUGAUUGGACGGCCUCCAACUACGCUGCCGUCACCGAAUAUUGAAGACUUCAGUUCGAGCAGCCUGGACCGCUACUCGAAGCUUGAACUCGUGCUACUGCAAGAGGAUAACGUCGCACCCCUCAACUGGCGCCUCGACUGGGUCACCGCUCUGUACCCAGAACUGAUGGAGUUUCCAGUAUCACCGAUAUCCUAACCGCGAGAGGAGUGGUGCGCAGGGCUUUGACUAGCAUUUGCCCCUUGCUUCCCCAGAUGGACUUUUUUCCUCUUAAACGACGUUUAAGAGGGGGGGAAUUUAUGUUAACGCUUUUUAUUAUAGUGAAAGACUAUAGUGAAGUUGAUAGUGCGUGCAUGUACCUACUAUUUGCGUUCGUAAUGUAGAUCGUGCCUUAAUUACUUAUCUAU